AUGCGGUUUUCUCUCAUCGGAACAGUCUUCGCUGCGGUGCUGGUGGCAGCUGCGCCGGCUCGUCCAGUACCUCGAGAUGUUUCCUCCGAUGUCCUCGACCAGCUCACCCUGUUUGCGCAGUAUUCAGCUGCAUCUUAUUGCUCGAACAAUAUCAACUCGACGGGCGAUUCGGUGACUUGUGCAGACGGCAAUUGUCCCUCCGUGCAGUCGGCGGGGGCUACCUCGCUGUACGAAUUUGAAGAGUCCACCCAAUGGGGCGAUGUGGCCGGCUUUUUGGCUGUCGAUGACACCAACCAGCUGCUGGUUCUCUCUUUCCGAGGUAGCCGCAGUGCCAGCACCUGGAUUGCCAACCUGGACUACGGCCUGACCGAUGUCAGUGACCUGUGUGACGAGUGUGAAGCCCAUGGGGGAUUCUGGAAGGCAUGGAACGUCGUCGCCGACGAUCUCAUCUCCCAGAUCAACACGGCGCGAGAGAGCUACGACGGCUACACGCUCGUGCUCACUGGUCACAGCUUCGGGGGUGCCGUCGCCGCGCUGGGGGGCACAGCCCUGCGAAAUGCAGGAUAUGACCUGGACUUGUACACCUAUGGUCAGCCUCGUGUGGGCAAUGAAGCUCUUGCUACAUACAUGACCGAUCAGGGUAGUCUCUGGCGCGCCACUCAUAAUGACGAUGUGGUACCCAAGCUGCCUCCGAUCUCUUUCGGAUUCAGUCAUGCCAGUCCAGAAUACUGGAUCACCAGCAGUAACAACGAGACUGUGAGCACGUCAGAUAUUGAGGAGAUUGACGGAAUCAACUCGAGGGAUGGUAAUGCAGGAACGGUGAACCCGGAUAUCGAGGCACACAACUGGUAUAUUAGUCCCCGCCGCCGCAACCGUAUCAAGGCCAUCCUGCUGACCAUCUUCAUUGUCUUCGCCCUCUACUUUCUCUUCUUCGCCGGCUCCGAACCCAAGGCCAAAGCCAUCAGCACCGACAAGGCCCGCUAUGCUCCCCCGGGCGUUGCAACCCCAGGUCUGCGACCAGACACCCACCGGGACACUUCCUCCAAGUCCACGGGCGAGCAGGCUCGUCCCAUCGUACGACCUCACAAAGAAAUGGUUGUCGCCAGUAUGAAGCGAGACGAUACAUCCUGGCUACCUGAUUAUUUCCCCGACUGGUCGCAGAGCAUCUAUGUUGUCGAUGACACGUCGGCUCCCUUGACCGUGGCCAAGAACAAGGGUCGGGAGUCGAUGGUGUAUUUAACGUACAUUAUUGACCACUACGAUAACCUUCCCGACGCCAUGCUCUUCAUCCACUCCCAGCGCUUCCAAUGGCACAACGACGACCCCUACUACGAUGGAGUCUCCAUGCUGCGCAAUUUCCAGGUCCCCUACCUCCAGAAAAAGGGUUAUGUGAAUCUGCGCUGCGUCUGGACACUUGGCUGUCCCGCCGAGAUCCACCCCAAGAGCGACACCCACCGCAACGAUGUACACGCGGGCGAGUACUUCAAGGAUGGUUUUAUGCAGCUGUUCCCCGGAGUCCCCGUCCCGGACGAGGUCGGCGCAUCGUGCUGUGCUCAAUUUGGUGUCUCCCGCGAAAAAGUGCUGGAGCGACCUAAAAGCGACUAUGUGCGCUUCCGCGAGUGGUUAGCCGCGACUGACUUGACUGAUGACCUCAGUGGGCGAAUCAUGGAAUAUUCAUGGCACAUGAUCUUCGGUGAAAAGGCAGUAUACUGCCCCACCGCAAAGGAAUGUUAUUGUAAUGUCUUUGGGCUGUGCGAUCUGGAUUGCCCUGUAGACGGUCAAUGUGAUGGCCGCUAUGUGCUCCCGCCCUACUCCUCGUUGCCGAAGGGUUGGCCAUACAUUGGGUGGAAGGGUCAGGCUCAAAACCCGAGUUAUGGACUGCCCGAGUCAUGA